UCGGCACGCUGCAGCAGCAGCAGGACGGCGAAGUCGCAGCAGGAGAAGUAGCUCUGUCUCGCGACGAGACUCCAGACUGCACCAGAUAGCGGUACGGUACGGUUCGAGGGGAGGCAGUACGAACGUUCGAGAGUGUGUUCGAGAGUGCGGAUAGGAAGACGCUAGAUAAGAGAGGAUGGGGUUCGGUGUGGCGACGGCCCUUUUGGCCAUCGCGUGUGCCGUGAUGCUUGCUGACGCGGUCACCCUUGACCAUGCGUUAACUGAAAAGCUAGAAGAAGUAAUAAAGAACGACAAAUUCGUGCUGUCCCUGAAACAUCUGAAGCCCAAAAAAAGGAAUCGUGGGACGGUGGAAACCUUAUUUUCCGUCGAUUUUCCCGGAGCCGAAAAUAAGUUCAUACUGAAGUUGGAUAGAAAAAACAAACGAGUGGUGGUUGAGACAUUGGAAGACAGCAGGAAGAGAUCUCAACAUUUCACAGUCGAUAUCCUGAAUGAAGACACGACCAUUAAGUCGUUAAUUUUGGAUGUAAAUCAAAUACAACCUGCCCCACACGCCACCCUGUAUAUCGACUGUAUUUCAUAUGGAAUGGUUGCCACCCCCACAUCUUUGAAGGAAAUGUACAUCGGCAUGAGACAUCCAAGAAUGGAAUUGGUCCAUGAGCGUAAAUACGUCAUGGAAAUAGACGGACAUCGGGACCUCAACAUGGUUCUCAGCAGGAACGAGUGUCCAAUUCCAUUGGAAGGAGGCCACUACCAGAAAGUCGACUUCUUGGAACCCGAGAAAAACGAGUUGAAAGAUACUGGAUACCAGGCUCAUCCGGCUGACUACCCCAACAGAGGAGACAUCCCCCUGCUCAACACUCUUUCAGACUACGGCGUCAUCGAGGCCCUCAACAAGCUGAUCACAACCAUCAACGAGGUGAAACUCAAAUGCGAAAGAGACAAUCAAAAUCUGGACCACAUUCGUAGAUUGUUGGAGGAAUGUGAAGUGUGCAAACAGCGUCCUCCCCCACAAUACAUAAGGCCGUCUUGUGCGACCCAUCCACCAAACUGCUUCGCAGGGGUGCAAUGCCACGACACCAACGAAGGCCCGCGGUGCGGAUCGUGUCCUCGCGGAUACCUCGGCAACGGCUACGAUUGCCGGCCAGGCCGCACCUGUGCCGAAAACCCUUGCUUCCAUGGCGUGGAGUGCAGGGACACCCCGAACGGGGCCCAGUGCGGCAGAUGCCCCGACGGCUACGAAGGCAACGGCCAGCAGUGCGUCAGAAGGAACCCUUGCGAUUACAAUCCAUGCGCACCAGGAACAAAUUGCUAUCCAAGCGAGGAACAUCCCUACUACCGUUGCCAAGGAUGUCCUCCAGGCUUUACCGGUAAUGGAACUAAUUGUCACGACAUAGAUGAGUGUGACUUGGUUCAACCUUGCGACCCCAACGUGGAGUGCUUCAACCUAUCGCCAGGCUACAGAUGCGGAAGCUGCCCGGCCGGCUUCACCGGAAGUUCCGAUGUCCAAGGAGUCGGAGUCGAGGAAGCGGCCAGAAACAGACAGAGAUGCGUCGAUAUUGAUGAGUGUGCCAUGGGAAGAGUAUGCGUUGAACAUUCACAAUGCAUCAACACGGAAGGUUCAUACCAUUGCGGUCCUUGCGAGUCCGGAUUCGUAGGCAACCAAUCUAUCGGAUGCCACAGGGGCGAGGGCUGGUGCAACGGACAACAAUGCGACCGAAACGCGCAAUGUUUAUGGGGAAGCUGUCAAUGCAGGGUCGGAUGGGCCGGAAACGGACUCUACUGCGCCCCCGAUAGAGACAUCGACAGAUGGCCGGAUGUCCAACUGCCUUGUAACGAAAAAUACUGCCAAAUGGAUAAUUGUCCAUCUACACCAAAUUCGGGACAAGAAGAUGCCGAUGGAGAUGGAAUCGGUGAUGUUUGUGAUCCUGACGCUGACGGCGAUGGAGUGACAUACACAGAUGACAACUGUCCACUGACACCAAACGCCGACCAACUGGAUUCGGAGCGCAACGGCGGAGACAAAGUGGGCGACGCCUGCGACAACUGCCCUUACGUCCAAAAUCCGGACCAAUCAAACAUAGACGGCGACUCCAAAGGAGACGCCUGCGACGAAGACAUGGACAAUGAUGGCAUACGAAACGAGAGAGACAACUGCCCGAAGAUUGCGAAUAGAGACCAAAGAGACCAGGAUGGUGACGGUAUCGGGGAUGUUUGUGACAAUUGUCCGAAAAUUCACAACCCUCAGCAGGAAGACAGCGAUGGUGAUUUGGUUGGUGAUGUCUGUGAUAGCCCAACAGAUACUGAUCGUGAUGGUGUAGGCGAUGACAGAGAUAACUGCAGGUUGAUCCCAAAUCCAGACCAAUCGGAUAUCGACAGGGAUAACAUUGGUGAUGCUUGCGAUAAGGAUAAGGAUGGUGAUCAGAUACCAAACAACAUUGAUAAUUGUGAACUUGUUUACAACCCAUACCAAGAAGAUGAAGAUGGAAACGGUAUUGGAGAUAUCUGCGAUACAGAUUGGGAUAACGACACAGUGGUGAACGAACUGGAUAACUGUCCAAACAACUCUCUUAUCUUUCAAACAGACUUCAGUAAAUACCAAACUGUGGUCCUUGAUCCUGAAGGUGUCCUGCAAAUCGAUCCGAACUGGGUUAUUUACAACAGAGGAGCUGAAAUUGUUCAAACUAUGAACAGCGAUCCUGGAUUGGCUGUGGGUCACGACAAGUUUAGCGGAGUUGAUUUUGAAGGAACUUUCUUCGUUGAUACUGAUAUUGAUGACGAUUACGUAGGAUUUAUUUUCAGUUAUCAAGACAAUCGUCGUUUCUACACUGUAAUGUGGAAAAAGAACAUCCAAACGUACUGGCAGUCGACACCGUUCCGCGCUGUUGCCGAGCCUGGCAUUCAGAUCAAACUGGUCGACUCCGAAACCGGUCCUGGACAGUUGCUGAGGAACUCCCUGUGGCACACCGGAGACACCGAAAAUCAGGUCAAGUUGCUGUGGAAGGAUCCAAGGAACGAAGGAUGGAAAGAAAAAACUGCUUACAGGUGGUUCUUAAUGCACAGACCCAGAAUUGGACUUAUUAGGUUGAGGAUCUUUGAAGGUGAACAUAUGGUGGCUGAUUCCGGUAAUAUUUUCGAUGACACUCUGAAUGGAGGAAGAUUAGGUGUAUUCUGUUUCUCACAAGAAAUGAUUAUCUGGUCUGAUUUGGUGUACAGAUGUAAUGAUAACGUUAGAGAAGACAUCUGGAGAGAAUUAACUCCGAAACUAAGGAGGAAAAUUAACGUGGACCGUACCACAGCCUACACUGUCCACACAGACAACAGGAAAAAAUAAUAAAUAAAAAUGUCUACUUAGAUGAAUUGAAAUUUUUAGAGCCGCAAAAUUGAUAACAGGAUUUAAGAAAAAAAUUCGAAAAAAUAAAAAUAAUUUAGGUUUACAUUGAUGCUGUUUAGUACUUACCAAUUUUUUGUUUUUACAUACAUAUAUGUGUUUUUUUUUAAUUUUAUGAGAUUUGUUUUUGUAAUAUACAAAUUUUAUUAACAAAUGUUAUUUUAUAGAUUUUAAACCAAUAAAUAAUUUUAUACAUA